AUGUCUAUUCCGCUGUCGGACAUCGAGACCGGUGUCUCUAACGGCGACGUCGACUGGCUUUUCAGAGGCAAGUCGAAAAAACUCACGAAAAAGCUCCACCUGGACAAACCAGACGAUGAAGGUGAGAAGAAGCCAGACAAGGAAAAGGAUAAGGAAAAGGACAAGCCAAAGGAGGAGGCCCCUGCGGUGAAGCCGGAGGAGCCCAAGGAGGAAAAGAAAGAGAUCCCUAAACCUCCUGCCAAACCCAGCCCCAAGGCGGCGUCAGCGUCCUCUGUUCUGCUUACGGCUUCCGUGGAUCCUCCUAAAAGACGCUCCAGCAUCAGUUUCAUGAAUUUAGGGAGCUCCUCCAAUGGCAAUUCGCUGGAUACCGAGCUGAGCUCUUCACAGCCGCCGCUGCGGUCCAACUCGGGCCGUGGACGGUCCUUCUUCAGCUCUAUUUCGCUGAAGUUCAAGCUGAACGGCUCCAAUUCUGGAGGUCUGCCCAGCAUGAGCCCCCAUACUUCCCAGAAGCUCAAUCCUAACAUGAUCGGCUCGGGAUCCCAGCCGCCGCCGGCCAAUCAGGACUUGGCAUCGCUCGUAAACAGACCUCCUCCUGAAGCUGGGAUUCUGAUUCCUCAAGGCAGAGGCAGAAGGUCUUCGUUUUCGUCAAGCCCUAAGCUGUCUCUAGAUUCAGAGAGAGGGGGCUUCUUCAAGCGCAGAACGUCCAACGUGGACCAGGUUCCGCCUCCACCCCAGAGAGUAGUGCUCAACAAGAACCCUAACAAAGAGAAGGUGAUGAGAGAGUUUUCAGAGCGUCGCUUGCGGAGGGUCGCCUUUUCGUUGGACAAGCUUUCCGAUGAUCCUCAGCAGCAGAUUCCCUCCAGAAGACCCAAAAGAGGAAAUGUGCUUAUCCCAGAGGACUUGACUGCUCCCCUUCCUCGGCUUUCUCAAGGCAUUUCCGUCAGCGACGGCAAGGGCAACAAGACGAACGUCACGGAAACAAAAUGCUCUGAAAAAGAGCUUCAGAUGGCCGUGGACGCUCAGAAAAAGGCCCUUGCUGAGGCUGAAAAGCACGCCAUGGACGCCCAUCUUUCUGCCAAACGCCUUGCUCUUCAGAUUACCCUGUUCAAGACUUCAAGCAAAUCCCCUGCAAUGGCGGACGACGAUGAAGUUGACGUCCAGGCCGGCAAGAUCGAAAUCGACAAGCCUUUGCAUAUUCACGAGAACCACUUUGAUGAGGGCAACAGCUCUACAGAAAUACCAAUCGAGGACCUCCUGCUUGAGGACAUCUACAGCAGAUGCUGCCAUCUUCGUGAAAUCUUACCCAUCCCAGCUACGCUCAAACAGUUGAAGAACAAAACGAGCCCGCUCCAGACCCUCAAGCUCCUCAACCCGAAACCCACGUUGAUCGACGUUCUUUCAUUCAGUGACUUCCUUGCCAUCACCCCAUCAACACCUAAAACGUUGGAGAAACUUUCACUUCGAAACGUCGCCAUCGACGAGACAGGCUGGCUCUAUCUCUGUGAGUUCUUGGGCAGAAACCGUACCGUCAAGAAGCUCGAUAUUUCCCAACAAAGAGUGAAAACCGUCACAAAGCAAACCUCAUUCCGUUCCGCUAUGAACUGGAACCUCUUCAUCAAAACCUUGAUUCACAGAGGUGGCAUUGAAGAGCUCGUUAUGGGUGGUUGCAAGCUCUCUGACGAAACUUUUGAGAAGCUUCUAGAGGAAGCCCUCACCAUCGCCACUUGCAGACUUGGUGUUGCAGCGACUGAAAUCAAUGUCUGCAAAUGUAAGUUGAUCGCUGACUGGAUCAGCAGACCCAACUCCAAGUGUGUGGGAAUCGACAUCGCCUACAACGAUUUGAGCCAAGGCCAACUCCGUCCAUUCAUUGAUGCUUUCAACUCCAGGCCAACUCGCCUUAUUUUCUUCUCACUCAACUCCACCAACAUCCAAAACAUGGAAGAGGUGGGCGAACUAUUGAGGGGUUUGUCAAAAGUCCAGACGCUUCGUUUCUUGGACUUGAGUUCUUUACCACAGCUUUUCCCUGGCGUCAUCUCCAAGCUUAGCAAAACAUUGCCAUACUUUCCUUCAUUAAGGCGUGCUCACUUCGACUUGAACGAGCUCACUUCACAGUCCAUCGAUGCCAUUGCAGAUAUUUUGCCAAAGGUGAAGAAUCUCGUGCACGUAUCGCUUCUUGGAAACCGUAACUUGGACCGUGGUUGCGUUGGAUCGUUAUACUCGGCUGUGAAGAACUCUAACAUCUUCAAUCUUGAUUUGGAUUAUGACCUCGUCCCAGAUGAGCUUUCACAGAGGUUGGCUCUUUACUUGAUGAAGAACUUGGACCGUCAAGUCAGACCAGACAUCUCCAGCCGUGGUGAUGCCGCUCAGGAUGACGUCAUGUUUGAUGGUUCACUUCUCAUGGAGACUGCUGAGAAGAUGUUGAUUGAGAGCGAUAAGAAUUCGGGAGAGGCCGACUUGAAGCUUCAGAAGAUCAUUACUAAUGCAUUGAUCGAGAGAACCAACUCGAUCAGAAAGGAUAUCCAUAAGAUCAUCGAUAGCCUUUUCCAGAAACGUGCAAUGGGAACACUCAAUUUCGAGGACAAGGAAUCGUUGUUGCGUUUCUGUCUACUUGAUGCCUCGCUAGAGAAGGUGGUUCAUCUUUUCGAGCAAAAGGCGAAGAAGUUUACCAACACCCCAUUGAGUCCAUCACCAUCUACGCACGACGAUAAACAACUUUCGCUUGACCUGGCCAUUGCGCAGGGUCCUACAGAGCCAAUGAAAUACGUUGAUCAUCAGCAGCUUCAUGAAGGCUCUAAGGCACUCAUUGAUGCCGGUCCAAUUUUGAUGGCUAAGUCAAGACCCCCUCCAGUGACUUGCCAGCCUUGCGAGCAAACUUUUGAACCUCAUCAGGUUGUCGUUGAAGCUGGUUCGGACGGUCUGACAGUUCCCAUUGAUAAUACCACAGGCCGUCCUGUUUUGUUCAGAUCCAUGUCACAGACAUCUGUGCAUGCCAAAGAGCAGGAGAAGGAGGAAGGUGAGUUCCACAGAUGGGGCUACUUCAUGGAGCACAGAGACAAGGCCGAGGCUUCCGAUAAGGAAAAGCAGGAGAAGUUGGUCAUUGGCACUGUUCCGUCUGGGUCUGAGCUUCGAGAGGCCAUUAUUGACGCCAAGGGUGUGGACUCUGUCACGGACUUGAUUUCGAAAAUCAACAGUCAGAGAAUCAGUUUGGACGGCAUUUAUAACCCAGGACAGUCUGCCCCGGCUACUGAACAGCGGCCUACAACCACUGAGCCUGUGUUCCAAGAUGCACACGAAACACCGGUCCAGGAUGAUGAUACGCACUCAAUUGACUCCAACGAAGAUCAAAAUGUUCAUCCUGUGGUUGACGAAGCAUACGAUAAGCUCUUGAACGAAGCCCAGCGGGUCCGCUCCAACAAGGAUGCAGCCUAA